AAUAUUAAAUCUCGUGUGUCAAUCUGAUGACGGUUUGGACAGUUCAGAAAACUUUGGUUUCUAUUCUAUUAUGCUAAUUACAUCCCCAGGCUUGGCACCUCAUUGGCUGAGUCCCAGUCAAUUUCAUAUUUAAGUUCUGACGUCAGAGCGCCUAUAAAACUAAGCAAUGCUUUUUAACUCGUCGGCUGACUGAUCCCUUAGAAAAAAAAUCUAUCAAUCCUUGGGUGGAGGAUUUUUUUUUCCCCAGUCUCCACAAAGCAACUAUUUGCCCGGGACACGUACGUGAACCUCCUCAAUUUGGCGCACUAAUCCUAAAAGGAGCCAUGAAGUGUUAAAUGGUAGAAACAGAGAGAGCGGCGCUCAGACACCCGCACGCUGGGAGAGAGGGAGGAAACAGCGCUGCUCCAAUGCGUCUGUGCAACACAGACUGAAGAAAAAAAAAACUUAUCGACUCACAAAACCAAAACCUGCGCUGCGCAAUUAGUGCGAGGAAAUCCACUUUUUCCUCCGGUUUUGAAGAAAAUAAAUAAAGAAAUCAAGCUGGCUCAGUGCGUGUCUCAGCAGCCUACUUUGACAGGUGCUCCUCACCCCCUUUGGAGGACUGUCAACAGCAAGAGGAUGGCAUCAGAGCUGGCAAUGAGCAACUCCGACCUGCCCACCAGUCCCCUGGCCAUGGAAUAUGUUAAUGACUUCGAUCUGAUGAAGUUUGAAGUGAAAAAGGAGCCGGUGGAGCCCGAUCGCAGCAUCAGCCAGUGCAGCCGCCUGGUCGCCGGGGGAUCCCUAUCUUCCACCCCGAUGAGCACGCCUUGCAGCUCUGUUCCCCCCUCUCCAAGCUUCUCGGCGCCCAGUCCGGGAUCAGGGAGCGAACAGAAGGGGCACUUGGAGGAUUUCUACUGGAUGACCGGGUACCAACAGCAGUUGAACCCCGAGGCUCUGGGCUUUAGCCCGGAGGACGCCGUAGAGGCGCUGAUCAGCAGCAGUCACCAGCUCCAGACCUUCGAUGGCUAUGCCAGAGGGCAGCAGUUCGGCGGCGCAGCCGGGCCAGGAGGCGCCAUGGCCGGGGAGGAGAUGGGAUCAGCGGCCGCCGUGGUGUCCGCGGUUAUCGCUGCAGCCGCAGCUCAGAACGGGAAUCCCCACCACCACCACCAUCAUCACCACCACCACCACACAGGGGCACACCACCCCUCCUCCGGGUCUCAGUCCGGCGGCGUCGCGGGGGGAAACCACCAGCACAUGCGCUUGGAUGAUCGGUUCUCGGACGAGCAGCUGGUCACCAUGUCGGUGCGGGAAUUGAACCGGCAGCUCCGAGGGGUCAGCAAGGAAGAGGUGAUCCGUCUGAAACAGAAGAGGAGGACGCUAAAGAACAGAGGCUAUGCCCAGUCCUGCCGGUACAAGCGGGUCCAGCAGCGGCACGUCCUGGAGGGAGAGAAGACGCAACUCAUCCAGCAGGUGGACCACCUCAAGCAGGAGAUCUCCCGGCUGGCCAGGGAGAGGGACGCCUACAAGGAGAAAUACGAGAAGCUGAUCAGCACCGGCUUCCGAGAAAACGGAGGAUCCAGCAGCGACAACAACCCCUCAUCCCCGGAGUUUUUCAUGACGUCAAGAAAAUUCCUCCAUCUGUGAUAGAGAGCUGUGACUUCUCCGUCCCACCACCCUGGAGUCUGAGAUAUCAUGACACAGGAAUGCUGAUGUUUCAAGAGCAACCUACGGCACCCAGACUGCCAUAAAGCACAAUGUCUCAAAAGCGUCCCAACAGUGGCUUCAGGGCAACCAAUCCAGAGCAAGCCCAAAGCCAGAGUUAAAUAUUAAAAGAACAAUAAUAAAAUAAUAACAGGAGACUGAAAUCACUCUCAUUCUUCUACUUCAACAACAAGGGAAGAAACACAAAAAUUAAAGAUCCUGGACUCUGGAAAUAAGAUUCUCCACCAUCUGUAUUUGCUAUUCAAAUGGACAAGGAUCAUCCCUCCAUCAAUACCUCCAAAUUGUAAUUUAGACUUUAGAGUUUAGAUUAUUAAUACGUAGGUUGAGUCAAAUAGCAAACAGAAAAAAAUAUGAUGUCCACACCCCUUUAGCACAUGCCCAGAAAUCAGGAUAUUGUAAAUAUUGUACAGAAAACUAAUAGGGACACUGAUAAGAAAUACAAUUAUUGCAGAAUUAUGUAUAUAGCCAUAAUAAUCAUACCUCUAGUGUGUUUAUAUAUCCAUGAGUGUCACAUGCCCAUUACUCCUUAUUUCUCCUAUGCCCAAAAAGAUUUAGCACAAAGAUUAACCAACACUCUCUGUAUCUCAAUAGGAAACAUCAACAUCUACGUAGAACUAGACAAAAGGAUACUGAAUAUACUGACAUUAAUCAGGAAGACACAAUAUUUGCCAUAUAGUGACACUAUUGCUGGAACCUGAUGCAUAUGCCAUUGAGUGUAUGCUUAUUAAGUAACCAUUUGCUUUUUUGAACUUUGCUGUUUUAAAUAGAAAAGGAAAAGGAAAAGAUUGAGAGAGUUAUGAAAAGCUACUGAGACAAACAGAGAAAGAACAAACUUUAAGAGAUUCCUGAAUUCGUCCCAAAUCUUCUCCCGUCCCCCACCUCCCACUGUAAACUACCACAGCAGAGCUGCACACAACUCAAACUUUCAUUUAUUUAAUAGAGUGUAUAUGAAACCCCCCCCGUACUGUAUAUGUAGUGUGUUUUAGUCCCCGUAGUGACGUGACAUAUCCAGAUGGACUUCCGUGGUUUGGCAGCUCUCUUGUAUUGUACAGUCAGAGUACAGUUACCUUUUAUUCAGUUCAAACCUAAAUGGACAUCACCGUGACCCAUCCUCUUUGAUUCCUGUUUGGCUAGUCUCCCUCCUUCUCCUCCUCUGUCCAUCAGAGAGCCUGUAUGCCUGCAGACCUCUCUGCAACUAGACGCUCGCUCAGCUCCCACAGGCUGGCGGCGCUGCUCUGGUCCUGGGCCUGAACGGACGGCAGGCAGCGGAAGCAGUUGUUGAAGUACAUGCCGCCUAACCCCUCCAGCUCCGGAGCUAUGGCACAGUACACCGUGGUGGCCGCCCCUUGUUGCUGUGGACAGACAAACACACAGAAAGGGAUAAGAGUUCAGUGGGCGAAUCAUGAGACUGAGACAACGAGACGGCGUCAACCUGAAGGAGGAGACAAAAUACAGAGAACUCAUUUACUGACACACAGACAUUAGGACAUGUCCUGUCCAGAGAAAAAGAGAGAGGACGAACAGCGGACACCGAACACAUCACUAUGUCCUCUGUGAGACACCUACAUCUUCACACACACACAUACAGACACACACAAAGACAAAAAGAGACAGCAGGACAGUGUCAACAGGAAAAAAAAAAAAAAAAAAAAACUCCACACGCUGUCUCUCCCCGCUCCCUGCAGCCCAUGAUGACUGGGUCAUAUUACCAUGGGAACAGCAUAACCCCUUACUGUACAUAUAUUUAUAUACAUAUAUUUAUUUAUUUAUUUCUCUACCCGGUGUGUACAGGACCUCUGGCUAUUUGGGACCAUGUGAAUGCUACAGAUGUUUAGACUCACAGUGGAGAAGGUGAGAACAUGGACAAGUAAAUUACACCAGCUCCUGUCUGGAUGGGAAUCACCAAGGAAACCACAGCUUUUUUGUAUAUUGUAAAAGAGCAGGUUUUAAUGCCAUGGUAAUGAAUAUGUAUAUUUUCACAUGAUGUGUAUAUGGGUUCAGCCAGGCUUUCAAAGUUGAGAAUAAGUAUUGGAAAUGAUGCAAGUACAAUUCUGUACCUAAGUGUUUAAAUCAGAAGUUGGUUGGUUAUAGAUAUUUUGACAUACAAUACACAAACACACAUAGACAGACAGACACAAACACACACACACGGCUUUCCCUCCGGUUCUUUCUCAGUAAGUCCUCUCAAAUUUUUUUUGCUAGUUUAAAUCUGAAGAUCACUCAAGUCUCACCCCAGAAAUUGACACUGUUUCAUGUCGUCUCAAUCCGAGACGCACUGUACAAGUAACGUUGCAGUAUUGGGACGCAACCUGCUAAGUUCUCUAAUACACCCUGUCCCAUCAGUCAGUAAUUAGUAGGGAUAUUCUUGGAGGAGGGAGCUUUCUGUGACAUUUGAAAAUGAAAGUUGAAACUGCAGCAGAAUAAACACGUCAGAGAGAAUUACACACAUAACCCAACUGCUCAAAGAGGGAUCUUUCAUGUUGCAGCUCCGGCUAAAAGCUGCUGUGACAGCUUUCCUGGCUGGAGACGACUUCUAUACAGUCACAUGAAAUGGUUCGUCUCUUUAUCUCCCAAUGAGAAGCGGGGGGUUUAGAGAGUGAGAGGGAACAGUGAUGUGAAGACUGAGGACUAAUGUUUAGCACAGAGUACUGGCACACAGUGAGACAACCCCAUAUUCGCAGUAGUCAAACAUGGGCAAGACCCACAAACAUACACACAUGCAUAAUGGAGAGAUGUUACAUGCCAACUGUUUGAACAGCUUCCUAAAGCAGCUGUGAGACUAACACACAUGAAGUGGUAAGAUCCACUGAGGUCUAAAGAACUUUCACAUGCAAGUAAAAAUAUGCACAUAGAUGCAAAUGGAAUGAUCGAAAUACACACACGAACCAGAUUCCAAGAAAUAUUUUUCUCAUCAUCACACACAAAUCCACACACAAACAAACAUACACACACACACACACACACACACACACACACACACACCCCUCUAAGCUCUAAGUAAACUUCCGCCAGGACGAGCCCUGGUUGGUAACGUCGCAGCAGCAGAUUGAGUGUGUUUGAAGCACAGUGUGAUGAGAGAGCUGGUAAACAGCAGAUGAAAAGGCAGCAUCUCUCUGUGUGCCACUGUCUGUCUCACCUGCCAGUGGGGCGAUAACUUCAUCCACAUCAAAUAUCAAAGACAGACAAAUGCCAAGCAGUGUCUCAGAGUUGCAGGUUCAUACGCGCUCAGUUUAACUCAUCUCCCUCGCUUAGGGCAUCUGAUUUAGCUCGUCUGAAAGCUAAAUGCCUUUUAAACUCCACUGAAGAUUUCAGUGCUGCAGGCUCUGACUUGCUGACGCCCCCUUGAACUUGGCUGACUUUCAAAGCAGUUUGUUUGUGUCCAGUUACCAAACACUGGUCCUGCUGUAAGUUUAAAUAUUGAUAAAAAAAACUUUCAUGUUCAUAAUUCAGAUUUAUGUGGCUGACUUCAUAAUGACGAUUUCAGUAUUUUUUCCAAAAGUGCUUCCAUUUUUUGAAGAUUUUUUCCUAUAAAAGCAAGAGUCUGUACUACUGUUUCUCUACGGGCUGCAACAGUCCAGUUAGUAGUGAAUGGAUCAGUACAUAUUGGUGUUUAGCUCAUCCCCCCUCACCACUUGACCUUGUGACCUCUGUAGAAGAUAAGGCUGAUGAGAUUAGGCAUUAACAUGCUCAACCACCCACCACAGCCAUCUAUCAUUGUGUGUGUGUGUCAGUGUGCGCGUGUGUUUGCAGAUAGGCAGCAAGGGGUGUGUGAGGUAGUGAAAAAGAGAACAGGAGGGGGUGUGCAACCACCUUGCUACACUUACAUUACACAAUUACACAUAAACACAGAGUAUUCAUAUGUGCAUGCCUGAACACAAGCAUGCGCCUGCACACGAGCACGAACAGAUACACAAAUAAAAACUUGGAACAAUCUACAUGAACGGUAAUAUCACUGAACCAGUGUGCAUCAUACACAUCUCUGGUGUAACAGCCAUUUCUAACCCAUGUGACACUGUAGAUUAUGCCUGUAAAUUUAGCUGUCUACAAACUGAUGGAUUUUGCUGUGUGUCUUUCUAUCUUCUGCAACUAAAUGUGAAUCAUUACCUUGUGUACAGUAGUUUUCAGAGAAACAUCUGUGGUGUUUUAGAGUUGUUCUCUACUAUCCAGAGCUGUAGACUGUGACUUGGACUUGCCCGACAGCUUGACUUGACAUGAAACUUGAAAACAAAAACUUGAACAGUUAUGACUGGAUAAAUUCUCAAUAAUAAUAUGCCACAAUUUGUCAUGUUGCAGGUUAUUGCAAAGGUUGUGUAGCUGUAGUAAAUUAAGUGCAUUUACUUAUCAUUGUGAUUAAAUUUAGGAUUGUCUGGUCGCCCUGCCUAUAGCUGUGCAAUUGGCCUAUUCAGAAGGCCAAUCAUAUGGACCCACAUCAGAUAUCUUAUUCUGGACCCUCUAGUCAUCGCUAUAAGAGAAAAGGGUAUGACUUAAGCAUUUUUGUUAUAAAUGUAUAGCUAUUUCUUAUUCUUUAAAAGAUCUAAUAAAUUGCAUUAAGUAGACUUGGGCCCAGCUAUGAAAAACAUUAUUUAAAAAGGUGUUGACUAGUGCCAUGUCAUUAAUGAGCACAGUCAGCAUCCAGAGACCUGAAAGACUUGAGACUUGACCAGGACUUGUUUUGAAAUACUUGAGACUUUCCCCAAAAGAAAAACAGCUCUGCUACUAACCCACUGAUUUGGGGAGGGGAGAAGAUGGGACAGAUGAAGUGCACCAAAACAACCCUAAAUCUAAAAUGAUCCUCUAUGCUAAAAAAUAAAACAUAAAGAUCACAGCACAACAGCAAUAUGACAAACCAAAGGACCAGGACAGUACCAAGUGAGGGCAGAUUUUACUUACUUCUGUGUAUGUCUGCUUUUGCAGGUAAUAAAAACACACCCAAAUGCUGAGAAAAUACUCACAAAACACCCUGCAAUAAGCUGACUGUAGAUAAGCAGCAAUGAGCCUGCAUUUAGCCUGGGAUCCACUACUAUGGCUCUGGAACUGCUCUGGGAUCAGAUCCAAGUCUUCCAAUCUCAGUAUCGACUCAAUACCCAAGAACCUCAUGGACUUGCAAUAGAAAUGUCCUUGUAUAGUGUUACGCAAUAAUCAGUUGUUGUAAACUCCUUAUUGAGCGUAUUCAAAAGCAAAAAGGGUAUGUGGGGAAGAUGUGAUGUUGUUGAAUUAACAAUAAUGUUACUUUGCCUGUUCUGUUCUGUGUCUUCAUCAUCCAAGUUGUACUCAGCCGUAUGAGCUUUCUCUGACCCUAUGCAUGUGAUCCUUCACCCCCACAUCUGUAGUUAUGACACUGACCUCUCCCUCUGACCUGGAUGUAAAUAAACCCAGUACUGUAGAGCAGUCUGUUUUUGGCCCGUCCCUGUACAUAAAACCCUGUAAAUACAAACAGCUAUGCAUGCUGAAAACCUAGCAAUUCUUUCAGGUACUUUUAUAAUCCCCAAAUUCUCAUAUGGCAUGUGCUGAAAAAAAAAGAAUACUUUAAAAAAGUAGAAAAAAGAAAAGAUUAAAAAUAAAAAAAAGUUUAAAAUAAAUGAGUUGAUAAUAUUGUCAGGCAAUAUCCUCUCUUGGACAGUGUGUGUAGAGUCUUCCAGUUUUCUUACUCCUGUGGGUGGUUCUCUUCCUUUGCCUGUCCUUCUGUGUUUCUGCUCACCAUCUGUGUCAGUUGUUGUCAGUUGGCAUUUGUACAGCAGCAAGGGUUGAGGCAGAGCAGAAAAGAGAGGGGGAGCAUUCACCAGCUGACCUCUGUGAUGGCACUCCAAUUCAGCAGCAGUGCUAAAUGUUGGCAAAGCUAUUUAUGCCUGGGACACAAAGUUCAGUUCCUGGCAUGAACCACAGAUCAUUAUAGCAUAUGUCCAUGCUUGUCAUGUGAAGGCCCUCUGGAUAUGCAGCAGGUCAAGAAACGGUCUGAACCAAAAAUUAGAUUUUUUUUAAUCAUUCUUGUUAGCCUGCUUGAAGUUUUGAAGUUUGGUAAGCUGUCAAUCAUAAACAAGCAGCAUCUUGUGAUUUCAAGUACCCACUGUGUACAGUAGUUCUAUAAGGAAAACAAGUGCUGAUCAUUCCUUGCAAAUACUCUUUUACCUUGUUUUAGACAGAGUAACAUUUUAGGAAAACAAACAUGUAAACUACAGAUUUUUUUCUCAUCUAUUAACUGGUAAAAUACCUGAAUUCUAAAGGUACUUGAUAAAUAAAAAUGAUUUUCUACAACCCAAUGUAAUAAGGCUGCAGCAUGCAUUUGGAAAGUAUUUCCUGGCUUGCAGCCCCAGUAAAGGGAUCAGGAGGAGUGCAGUUUUUGCCUCAGCCCUCUGCCCAGCCUAGCUAUCCUGAAAGUGGGAUUCCAAAGGGAUUGUGAUUCUGUUUCAGGAAUGUUUUUUUUUUUUCAGCCUGUGGUGUUUCAAAUAGAUGGAGGUGUCUGAUUUUUAAUCUGUGCUAAAGAUAUUUUACAUUUAAUAAAUAACCAUUGAAAUCAAAAA